AUGGCUAAAAACGUGUCGACUUUGCCCGUGGACUCAAAUGUGGAGUCCAAAGAGGCCAAAGCUGGCGGAAACCUGGCGCACAAGGCGUAUUCCGAGAUGGCUGGGACCAAAGCCGAAAAAAGACACUCGAAUGUGUCCAAUUCCGGGUCAAACAAGGAGAUUUUGGUGGCUUCCAAUGCGCAAGGUGUGAUGAAACUGCCUGUACCCAAUGAUUUCGGCACUGUGGGCCCUGCACCGCUGGAAAUUACGGACCCUAAACAGUUUAGAACAGCACCGUCCAGAGACAUCAAUCUGCACGACACGAGUAUCGACAGAGCUGCGUACGAAGAACGCGAGCGUAGCAUCAAAAAAAUAGAGGAAGCCUUGAAAACGGGCAAAUCAGACAGUGCGUAUCCGUGGAAAUCGAUUGGUGCGUUUUUCGGUAGCGGUCGCGGGCCGUCCAACGCAGACAGUGGUGCUGUGAAAGCUUAUAUCACUGAAAAGUUCUAUAACGACCUGUACUAUAACAUGGCAGGCAUUGUCGGGACGUGCUACUUCUCGUGGCUGUUGGCAUACUGGCGUUUUUCGUGGCUGGCGUUGUUCGUGGUGUUUUUUUGCGCGGCGUCCGUCUAUAGGACGGAGUUUCGCCGUUUCAACCGUAACAUCCGCGACGACUUGACCAGAAUCGUGGUGGAGGAGACCCUCUCGGACCGUAAGGAAUCAACCCUGUGGCUGAAUUCGUUUUUGUCCAAAUUUUGGGUCAUCUACAUGCCCGUGCUGUCGCAACAAGUGAAAGACAUUGCCAACCCACAAUUGGCCGGCGUGGCCCCGGGCUACGGAAUUGACGCCCUGUCUCUGGAUGAAUUCACACUGGGUACAAAAGCACCCACGAUUGACGGCAUUACCUCGUACACCAAGAAGGGCAAAGACACCGUGGAGAUGGACUGGGAGUUCUCUUUUACCCCCAACGAUGUAUCCAGCAUGACUCCAAAGGAGGCAAAGGAGAAGAUCAACCCCAAAAUCGCGCUUGGCGUCACGGUGGGAAAAGGAUUUGUCUCCAAGUCUCUUCCUGUUCUUGUUGAGGACAUCAACUGCAAAGGUAGAAUGCGUUUCACCAUCAAAUUGGGGCCUGCCUUCCCCAAUAUCAAGAUUGUCUCACUCUCUUUGCUGGAGCCUCCAUUCAUUGACUUUGCAUUGAAGCCGGUUGGUGGUGACACGUUGGGCCUGGAUAUCAUGUCCUUCUUGCCUGGCCUUAAGACAUUUGUCAAGACUAUGAUCAACUCUAAUGUGGGUCCCAUGUUGUAUAAUCCUCACAAAUUGGAUAUUGACGUCGAGGAAAUUGUUGCCGCUCAAUCCAAAGAUGCAAUUGGUGUUGUAGCGGUCACCAUUCAUUCUGCAGAUGAUCUAAAAGGCUCUGACUUUCUCGGAAACACCAUUGAUCCCUACGUUGCUCUUACCGCCGAGAAAGGAAACAUUGGCGAAACCACCAUCAGAACCUCAGUCAAGUCCGAUACCAAGUCGCCCCGCUGGAAUGAGACGAAAUACGUCCUUGUUAACAGUCUCGACCAAAAGCUGUUCUUCAGCUGUUAUGAUUUCAACAGUACUCGCAAGGAUUCCCUGAUUGGGAAGGCUGAGUACAAGUUGAGUCAACUGUUCCAAACAGCUGCAGUAACAGGACAGAGUGCCAAACUAGUCUCAGGUGGAGGCUCAAGAGGAAUACUCAACUACGAUCUUCACUGGUUGCCUGUUGUGAACGAAGAGGUAAGCAGUGGUCCACGAAAGGAAGACAAAAAGGAGGAAGAAGGGUUGGAAAACGAAGAACAGGAAGAAGACGACGGGGAAGCUUUUCAGUCGGAAUCUGACGUCGGUAUUUUGAAAGCCACUUUCCACAAGGCCAAGUUCCUGAAAGCUUCUAAAACUCUACAAGGUGCUUUGAGUCCUAGCGCAGAACUAUCGAUUGAUGGGAAGGUCGUAAAGAAAUACAGAACUUUACGUCGUAUCAAUGAGCCUUCUUGGGAAGAGUGUGUUGAAGUGCUUGUUCCAUCUAAGAAAAACUCUACUUUAUUGGUUAAAGUCUUUGACGACGGCAUGGCCGGCAAAGAGCUUCUAUGCGAGUACUCUUCCUCGAUGGCGGACAUUCUGGCUGUUGCCGAAGCAGGGCAAAGAAUGCUGAAGGCUUCACCCCAGGGUGAACUUUACUUCUCUGCCGUUUGGAAGCCCAUUGCCAUGUCAGGAGCAUUCGCACCGGCAAAUGCUGUCCGCGACCCCUUGGGUGUGGUAAGGCUACACAUCAAAGACGCCAUGAUUGACGAAAAUCUUUCUGGCGUGGGCGAUAUUGAUCCAUACGUCACUGUGUCACUGAACAAACAGGUCACAUACAAGACCAAUUAUUUUUCAGACAAUCGCGAGCCUCACUUCAACAAUGUCGUAUACGUUCCCAUAACAUCCGAGAGUCAGUCAGUUCUUCUAAAUGUGAUGGAUUAUCAAAAAGUUGGUAAAGACCGAAACAUUGGAUCUUACACAAUACCAGUGGACAAGGUUAUGCAAAAGGAUCCUAAGACGAACAAGUAUGUUCCGAUUAAAAAGCCCGAAACAUCGCAAUGCAGAUUGCUUGGUAAAAAAAUGAAUUUGACGAAGAGCUUCAUCAAUGUCGAGAUGUCCUUCCUGCCUGUGACUCAAGUUUAUAGUCCGGACGAGCUUGUUAAAGUUGAGCAGCUCGAGGCUAAGAUCAAAGAGAGGGAGGACAAGUUUGCUAAAGAGCAAGAAAAGCUAAGACAGGAGAUGGAAGCUCACCCAGAUCAAUAUGAAGUGGUCGAGAUGGAAGUCGAAGACGAAAGUAGCAAGUCUAUCAAGAAAAAGGAAAAGUGGCCCGUUGAAAAAAUCUUGAGCGUCAAUUCAGGUGUUUUGGAUUAUCAAGUUCUAAGGGGUAAGCUGUCAAGGCAGUCUGCGCAUCUGCAGGUUCUGUUUGACGACAUAGCAACUCCCGCUUCCACUUCAAUGAAGUCUAAAGCUGGUGAAGUUGUGCCAGACAGCGGAUCUUGUUUCAUUCGUGAUCUAAAUCAUAGCCGUAUCACUUUUAGGCUAACCAAGAAUCAUGAGCCGAAAAACCUGGACGACGUUCUUGGAGAGCAAUCAUUCUCGGUCAAAGAGCUUUUGAAGAAAGGGAUCAAAGAGCCCAUCGCAAUCAAAGCCCAUGGAUCCGAAAUCGAGGUGCGCUUUUUGUAUACGCCAGCAGAAACUGACUUACCGCUCAAUGAAUCUAUCGAGGAUACAGGUUCUUUGAAGCUGAAAGUAAUAUCGGCGGACGAUUUGCCUUCACACGACAGAAAUAACAAAUCAGAUCCUUUCGUGGUCGUUAAAGUGGACGGAAAGAAGGUGGAAAAAACAGAAGUCAUCAAGAAGACUUUGUCUCCAGUAUGGAAUGAAAUUCUUGAAAUACCUGUGCCCUCAAGGUCUAGAUGCGAUGUUCAAUUGGAAGUUUACGACUGGGAUAGAACAGGUUCUAAUGACUUGCUGUGCUCCACCGCUAUAGAUGCUAAAAUGCUCGCUCCAGGUAAAACCCAUGACUUGAACUUCAACUUGGACCCACAAGGAACUAUCAAAGUGGAGGCGACUUUUACACCCGAAUACUUAUUCCCAGCUUUGGAUCCUGCAAAGGGGGGCUUGGCUGUAAAGCCAUUCAAGGCUCUUGGUGGCGUUGCCACUAUGGGUGUCGGUGUUGCAGGAGCAGGCUUAGGAACAGCUCAAAAUGUGGCCAGUGCCGGUUUCGGUACUGUCCAGAAGGGCGGGAAAUUUUUGAAAGGGUUCGGGAGUAAAAAAUCCAAAAAAGACACUCAAGCCCAUAGAAUUUCCCAGGACACCGAAGAACGUGACGGCAUCGACGCGCAAAAGGCUCCCAAGCUUUCUAUGGACUACGAUGUCACAAAACCUAACACAAGUUACGCAGAAGUGCGCAGUGGGAACGGUCCUGGUCAAGAAACAGCUGCCACCUCACCAAAAAACGGGGAAGGGUCGAGCGUCGUUGGCGCACCCGGCCCAAUCCACAAACGUUCCUCUUCUACGGCGAGCAGUUUUGCCCGUACCCUGGCGCCAAACGGUACUUACAAAGGUAAAGUAACUGUAAUUGGUGCUCAGGAGAUGGGCAAAGCAUCACUUCAAUUGCGCGUCUCAUUGGCACAGGGUGGGCGUAUGAAGCACAUGUACCGCACUGAAAGCCGCAAGACCAACUCUGAGGGUCGCGUAGAGUUCAACGAGAGUUGCGAAUUCAAAGCUUCUCCGGAUGCUAAUUUAGUUUUUGGCGGUGUUGCAACACACCGCUUCGGCAAAGACAUAGAGCUCGGCGUAGCUCAAGUUCAUCUGGGGGACGCUCAAAUUCAACAAGAUGGAAUUUUAGCGUUGAAGCUUGGAAAAGGAAACUUGCUCCUGAGGAUUGAAUAUGGUGAUAGCGACGUUCCGCCCGUUCCUGCUAUUCCGUCAGAAUACAAUAAUUAA